CUCUCUUAUCCACAAGUUUGCUUCUUACAAAGCAGGCGGCCGAGCUGGACGCAGGCUGCGUGUGUGCGUGUGCGUGUUUUUUUGUGUGUGUGUGUGUGAGAGAGAGAGAGAGAGAGAGAAAGAGAGAGAGAUCCUCCUUGAACGCACCACCAGACGACAACAUUAUUGACGUGCCCACGCCGCGUGUGCACACUUCUUCCGCCGAACCAUCAUGACUUUUUCCUCUCCCGUGCUGGAACCGUCCUCGUCCUCGUCGCGCCGUGACGUGAAUCUUUCUCUCUGAGCAGAGGCGUGGAUCUUCCCGUCAGCGACGAGGGACGAAAAGGAGGAGUUUUGGGCGGAAAUCCCCGCAAAUCCGGUCCCCAAAUGCCGCGGAGGAAACAAGAAGCGCCGAAGCGCGCGGCAGCUUAUUCUCCCGAGGAGCUGACAAAGCACGCUGCAGAGGAUGAGGACUCGGAAGCAAGCGACCCGCCCUCAGAUCCUCGGGAUGACCUUCCCGUGAAAGAUGACAUUGUCGAGGAAAACGCAGAUCCUGCCAAGAUCCAAGCAUGUGACCGGGAGUCAGCGGGGGCCGCGGAGGACAUUGACAGCGAGUCGCAUGUGAGCGAGAUCAGCGAUUGUCUUUCAGACGUCGACAGCCCGCCUCAAAAAGCGGAAGCGGCGCCUCUAAACGGCGGCACUAAGACGCCCCCCAUCGGGAUGGACACCUUAGAACAUAUGAAGGCUAUCUACUCCAGCUUCCUAACAAGUCCGCUAUGGACGCCUGUGAGUUUCAACCCCAAACAAACGCAGUUACCGCCAUCGGUUUCCACGGAGAAGCCGACUCGUAGCAAUAGCACGAGUAGCAGCAGUAGCUGCAGUAGCAGCAGCUACGACUGGCAUCAGUCCGCCGUAGCGAAAACGCUUCAACAGAAUCCGCCGCAGAGUCGCCACACCGCUCAAUCCGAACCCGGACUCUUCAGCACAGUCCAGCUCCACAGGCAAAACCCAAAACUGUUUGGUUCAAUCUUUACGGGGGCUAGCAAGUUUCGUUGCAAGGGUUGCAGCGCCGCUUACGAUACGUUGGUUGAACUCACCGUUCAUAUGAACGAUACGGGUCACUACCGAGACGACAACCAGGACAAGUCAGGAAGCGGCGCAAAACGUUGGUCCAAACCGCGAAAACGGUCGCUUUUGGAAAUGGAAGGCAAGGAAGACGCCCAGAAGGUUUUGAAGUGCAUGUACUGCGGUCACUCCUUUGAAUCGCUUCAGGAUCUCAGCGUCCACAUGAUCAAGACCAAACAUUAUCAGAAAGUGCCUCUGAAGGAGCCGAUGGCCCCGGUGGCUACGAAAAUCCUGUCAUCGAAAAAACGGUCCCUCGUGGGGUUAGAUCUGACGCCCUCGCAACGUUCCAGAGAAGGAACCCCGAAAGCUAAGCACUCGCAUUCAGAAUCGAGCGAACCCUCACUGAAACGGUCGUCCAGCCCUUACUCGACGUCUACCAAUCGAUACGCUCACCAGAACGGUGCCAGCUACGCUUGCCAGUUUGAAUCCAACAAAUUCCAAAUCCUCAAAUGCAUGGAGUGCGGGAGUUCCCACAAUACUUUGCAAGAACUGAGAACCCACAUGAUGGUAACCGGACACUUUUUAAGGGUGACUAACUCUGUGGGGAAGAGAGGGAAGCCGCUCCCUGAAGCCACGUCGCCCAAUCCCGGUAGAGUCACUACACCAACGGAACCGAGAGUUCAAUCCGUUCCGCUAGCACCCUCGACCUUCUCGCCUCCACCUCUUCAAACCACCGCAACUUCCCCUGCUGUCUCUCCUCCUCUUAAGGAGAUCAAACGGGAGGACGUUGAGGAGGAGUGCACCAAACCGGAGGUCCCUGGAAAUGAAAAAAUAGUCACGGUUUCAUCCAGGAAGGACGAAGAUUCCGACAAGGAGGAAAAAUACGACAUAUCAAAGUAUAGCUAUCUUACCGAAGAGGACUUGAAGGAGACUCCUAAAGGGGGUUUGGAUAUUCUAAAAUCUUUGGAAAACACGGUGACAUCCGCGAUCAACAAGGCCCAGAGUGGGAACCCAAGCUGGGGUGGCUAUCCCAGCAUCCAUGCAGCGUACCAGUUCCCCAGUGCCAUGAAGAUCCAACAGAGCGGCAUGGAAAAGAACUCCCCGAUGAAGUUCCUAUUCAACGGGGGCGACGGAGUCUUGUCGUCGCUCGCCAACAACCAGCCUCUAAUCAGCCCCCCGCUUACACAGUCGUCCCCCUUUCCCAGCAACAACUUCCAGGCGAUGGAGGACUUGGUGAAGAAAGUGACUGAGAAAGUAGCAAAAGUAGAACAAAGGGUGAAGAGGUUGUCUCCCAACAGGGAGAACCGUCUCUCGCCGUGUAAAAGUGAAACAGGAGGACCGCGUAACUGCGAGGAGGCUGAGUCACCUCGGGAAUUCAGGGCAGUCACCCCGGCCGCCCUUGAAAGGGGGAACCAUAGCGACCGAGCGUCCCCGGCAACAGAUCCCAAGAGAGAGACAGUCAGGUCCCCGCAUGACUCGGGUUUGAAAUGCAGCACCGCUAUCAUCACGGGUCAUAGUCCUCCAGAGCAGCCCUUCGUCAACCCCCUAAGCGCUCUUCAGUCCGUAAUGAGCAUUCAUUUGGGGAAAGCGGCCAAGCCCUCCUUGCCGAACCAAGAUCCCUUGAGUUUGCUGUCCAGGUUCAGCCACAGCAUCGCGGAAAGAGCCGCGGUGGCCGCGCCUCCGUCGCAGAGCAAGAAGUCUGAAACCGUCGUGGGCGGCGGUUUUUGUCAAUCCGGUGAUGACCAACCGAUGGACCUUACGAAAGCGAAAAGCGAGAAAGUGUCCGCUCCCUUAACGCCUUCUUCCACCGCCUCUUCCAUUUCACCGUCCUCUCUCGUCACCCCCGCGCAGCUAACGGUGGUUUCUCCGUAUAACUCCAGCAGUCCUUUACACGAGAAUGCGCUCUCUGAUAUCUCAGACAUGCUAAGGAACCUGACGCAGUCGCAACCAGUACCCAAACCGGUGUCCAGAUCGCGGGUCAACGAUAAAACCGAGGGUCUGCUCUCUCCGUGCGAGGACGACGAUGCGUCUCUGCACGGACACAAACGCAAGGGUCGUCACUCCAGCUGGAACCCACAGCACCUGCUCCUCCUUCAGGCGCAGUUUGCGUCCACUUUGAGGCAGACCUCCGAGGGGAAAUACAUCAUCAACGAUCUCAGCCCCCAGGAACGAAUGCACGUGUCCCGAUUUACUGGUCUCUCCAUGACCACCAUUAGCCACUGGCUAGCGAAUGUCAAGUACCAGCUCCGAAGAACAGGCAGAACUAAGUUCUUAAAGAAUUUAGACUCCGGUCAGCCUGUAUUUUUUUGCAGUGACUGCGCCUCGCAGAUCCGAACCCCGGCAGCGUAUGUCGGUCACCUGGAAGCUCACUUGGGUUUCCGAGUCAGGGACCUAGCUAAGCUCUCCCCCAAACAAACCGUCAGGGACUCCCACGGUUUGAGUGAGAAACUGUCACCCCUGGAGUCGUCGUACGUGUCGCCGCAAGAGGACUGCAACGCUAACGGAACCGUGUACCGUUGCCAGCUCUGUGUCCGCAAAUUUGCCACUAAGCACGCGAUUAAACUUCACCUCAGUAAGAGUCACGGGAAGUCGCCGGAGGAUCACUUGCUUUUUGUGUGCGAAGUCGACAAACACUAGCAUGUUUUUUUCGGAAGUCGAAAAACUGAACGAACUUCUGUAGAAUUUGUUAAAAAAAAUAAUAACAAAUAUAAAUUGUGGUAUAAUGCACUAAGAUGCCAAGAACUACUGUUAAAAGUGUCAGCACAAUAAGUUUACGUCAAUUCGGCCGAUAAUAUUUUUGCUUUUUAUGUAUUUUAAAAAAAUAAUAAAAAAUGUCACAUGUUGGAGUUUACUGUAUGUCAACAAUAUUUUGCCCAAUUUGUGUCGUCUUUCUCACGUCACCGUCGGCAGACCAAAAGUUAACAAAUAACUUGAUUAAGUGUAUUUAUUUUUAAUUUUUAUGAUUUAUUUUGUGGUAGAAGCAAAAAUUUCUAUUUAAAAAAUUGUCAAAUUUAUUCCUGUAAUAUUUGGAUUUUAUUCCACAACUUAAUUUCCCCAAAAUUGCAACUUUGAUUAUUUUUUUAUUCUUUUUUUCCCUUUUUUUGUUUUUACUUCUCCAAAUUUUUAUUUAAAUAAUUUGUCAAAUUUAUUCCCAUAAUGUUUGGAUUUUAUUCCACAACUUAAUUUUGCCAAAAUUGCAACUUUAAAUAUUUUUUACUUGUUUUUUCCCCUUUUUUUGUUUUUACUUUUCCAAAUUUCUAUUUAAAUAAUUUGUCAAAUUUAUUACUGUAAUAUUUGGAUUUUAUUCCACAACUUAAUUUUGCCAAAAUUGCAACUUUAAUUGGUUUUUACUAUUUUUCCCCCUUUUUUGUGUGUUUUUACUUUUCCAAAUUUGUAUUUAAAUAAUUUGUCAAAUUUAUUCCUGUAAUAUUUGGAUUUUAUUCCACAAGUUAAUUUUGCCAAAAUUGCAACUUUAAUUAGUUUUUACUCUUUUUUCCCUUUUUUUUGUUUUUACUUUUCCAAAUUUCUAUUUAAAUAAUUUGCCAAAUUUAUUCCUGUAAUAUCUGGAUUUUAUUCCACAACUUAAUUUAGCCAAAAUUGCAACUUUGUUUAGUUUUUACUCUUUUUUUUUCUUUUUUUUUUUGUUUUUACUUUUCCAAAUUUCUAUUUAAAUAAUUUGUCAAAUUUAUUCCCGUAAUAUUUGGAUUUUAUUCCACAACUUAAUUUUGCCAAAAUUGCAACUUUAAUUAGUUUUUACUCUUUUUUUUCCUUUUUUUUCGUUUUUACUUUUCCAAAUUUUUAUUUAAAUAAUUUGUCAAAUUUAUUCCCGUAAUAUUUGGAUUUUAUUCCACACUUUAAUUUUGCCAAAAUUGCAACUUUAAUUAGUUUUUAACUCUUUUUUUCCUUUUUUUUGUUGUUUUUACUUUUCCAAAUUUUUAUUUAAAUAAUUUGCCAAAUUUAUUCCCGUAAUAUUUGGAUUUUAUUCCACAACUUAAUUUCCACAAAAUUGCUAAAUUGAUUCGUUUUUAUUCUUUUUUCCCUUUUUUUUGGUUUUUACUUCUCCAAAUUUCUAUUUAAAUAAUUAGUCAAAUUUAUUCCCGUAAUAUUUGAAUUUUAUUCCACAACUUAAUUUUCCCAAAAUUGCAACUUUAAUUAGUUUUUACUCUUUUUUUUUUCAUUUUUUUCUUUGUACUUUUUCAAAUUUCUAUUUAAAUAAUUUGUCAAAUUUAUUCCCGUAAUAUUUGGUUUUUAUUCCACAACUUGCCCGAAGACAGCUGGGAUAGGCUCCAGCACCCCCCGCAACCCUCGUGAAAAUGAAUGAAUGAAUGAAUCAACUCUUACAUUUGUACAGUUCUGUCUUGUUCUACCCAAAUUUUAAUAUUUAAAUUUUCUAUUUGGUCAUUGCAUCAUCUUCCCACAACCAAAUACUCUUAAAAAAAAAAAAUUGCCAAAACAGCAACAUUUCAUAAUUCCGAAAAUAAUAUCCAAGUGUCACUUUUUUAUUUGAUUGUAAACAAUGUUUAUUUUAUUUUUCAUGACUGAAUGAAAGACAUCAUGCAGGUCUUUUUUUUUGUGUAAAAAAAUGUACAUAAAGUGUAUUAUAUGCUUACAACUUGCUGUUUAAAUUAUGCAUACUUGUUAUAUUUCUUAAUUUAAAAAGGACUACGACUAUCCACUGGUGCAGAGCCUUGAAGAAGAAUAAAAGGACAAUGUUUUGCACACUAGUUUUAUAAAUGUUAUUUGAUAAAGAAAAAAAAAACACACACAACUAUGUUAAUGCCUUGUGCUUCUAUUAUUAAACUGAAUUAAUGCUGCAUAAAAUAUUAGUUUUGUUUCAUUUUUGAUUGAUUUUUGAUCGAAACUAAUUGAAGAUUUUGAAUGCGUAUUUUUCGUCAGUGUCUGAUUUUUUUGUCGCCUCAUCGGGUCUGGCUAGGGAGGUGCAAGCGGUGCCACUGCCUGCAAGGCGUCUGGCAGGUGGUGUGCGCUGCAUGUAAACCACCAGAUGUUUCUGAAACGAGUCACUGGAGGAGGAG